AGAGACCAAAACAACCUGCAGUUCUGCUGGAAUUGAGAGGGACACUGGACUCAUAACGGACACCGUUCACAGAACCCACCUGCGCGUCGUUCCGUCGCGUUACCGCACCGCUGACAGCAGCCCGAAUCCGGAGCACCUGCGUCUCCAUCCGCUCUCCACAUGUACAAAAUGGAUUACUCGUAUCUGAACACGUAUGACUCGUGCAUGGCGGCGAUGGAGGCGUCGGCGUACGCGGACUUUAACUCGUGCAGUCAGGCGAACACCUUCCAGUACAACCCGAUCCGGAGCAGCUUCGCGUCAAACCCGGGAUGCGCGCCGCUCGCCUCGGCCAGCUGCACCCUGGGCGCGCUGAGAGAACACCAGCCGGCGCCCUACUCCACAGUUCCGUACAAGUUCUUCUCGGACCCGUCCGGUCUGAACGAGAAACGGAAGCAGCGGCGGAUCCGCACGACCUUCACAAGCUCUCAGCUGAAAGAGCUGGAGCGGGUGUUCGCGGAGACUCAUUACCCGGAUAUUUACACCCGAGAAGAGCUCGCGCUGAAGAUCGACCUCACGGAGGCCAGAGUACAGGUGUGGUUCCAGAACAGACGGGCCAAAUUCCGUAAACAGGAACGUGCCGCCAACUCUAAAGGAAACGCCGGCAACACCUCCGGCGGAAAGAAAUCUGGAGAGAACCGCUCUUCAUCAGAGGAUGAUGAGUCUAAAGAGUCCACCUGCAGCCCGACGCCCGACAGCACGGCGUCUCUGCCCAGUUCUGGAAACAUGGGGAGUCCCGGGGCGAGCAGCCUCAGUCCCAGCCCGGUCUCGGGGUCUUCGGCCGCCUUCACCAACACCUCCAUCUCACCCUCCAUCCAUCAGGGGCUCAAGACCUCGCCGUGGCCCAGCAUCGGCUCCACCGGAGCGGGCGGUCUGACCCCUGGUGCCGCCCCGAGCCCGGACCUGCUGAAAGCCUGGCAGCCUGCGGACAGUAUGGCGUCCGGCCCGUUUGCAGGAGUUCUGUCUUCAUUCCACAGGAAACCGAACACAAUCAAGACCAACCUCUUCUAG